UAUGAUCCACUCCUUCUUAUCCUCCGUCCCCUCUCUGUAUGCAGCGCUGUGAUUGGACGCUGGCUGCUUGUCAGGAAGAAAGAGCUGCUGUGUUGAGGCCGAAAACUCAGACACAAGCAGGACCUGGAAGAUACCGGAGUACCUCGGUGGAAGGGAUAUACACUCUACUUAACACUCGGAAGGCGUUUUGAAGCAGCCGGGCUAUAGCGGAGUGCCGACCGGCUCUCCGUGCUCCUGCUGUCGAGGCCGCCGCGGUUCUGUGCCCCCCCCCCCGCCGACUGUGUGUCGCUGCCUGCUGGUCACAGUAAUCCAGACCCGCUGCUAUUAACGACACUGACGCUGUUGUGUGGCGACGCAGCCACGAACCUGUCUAAGAUUUAAGUCUGUAUCCAGUGCGGAGACAUAAGGACUCAGCUGUUGCUGCCGGUAGUCGGGGUUUAACGAGUGAGGCUGCCGGGACCGGUUAAACAUCCCGAUAAAGCUCCAACUACAUGGAACAAGUCGGCGGCUCAUUUUGCGCUAGAACUGUUAUGACUGACCCUUAAGACAGUCGUCUCGUUUUGAAGCAGCACCGCGGGCUCUAUCCGAGGAUUUAUUUGAUGAAGACAUCCUGAAAGCGGCAGUUUGAAGCCUCUGCAUCAGGACCAAAUACACAAGUAAACAACAUAUGGCAGGCAAAAAGCUCUGAAGACGAUCUGCUUAUGAAAUGCUCUUGGUGGAAUUCGAAGACACGCGGAUUACGGAGCCAAACCGCGACGCAGACGUGACGUUAUAAAGCCGUGCCCGCUGGAAUUUUGGGUGCCAUGAAUCAGCCUGGACAACAGCUGCUACCAACAUAGAGGUCACUUCACCUCUCUUUCCAUUUGCUUCGGUCCAGAGGAUGCUGGGAAUGUGUCGCGGGCGCAGGAAGUUCCUGGCGGCCUCCCUCGCCCUGCUCUUCAUCCCAGCACUCACCUGGCUUUACCUGUCAGUUGGGAGCUUUCAAGUGAAGCCCCUCCCCCUGUCUCCAUUGGAAGCCCAGUCAUCGACGCCGGUUGGCGGAGCCGGUGAGAGGCAGGCCUUAGAGCUGCGGGUCCGGGCAGUGGAGGAAGAGAACCGGGCACUGCGCCGGGAGCUCAGCCGGCCGCCCAGAAGCCCGUCUGCACGCCUUCCAAGCGGCGGUCACCGUGGCAACCAGAACCGAACCCAUUCAGAGGAAGGCACCGGCGACAAUGAGGGCCAGAAAGCUGCUGCAGUGGGAAACAGCUCAGACUGUGUGCACCAGCCAGCUGUGGAUAAGUGUGAGACCAUCCACGUGGCCAUCGUGUGUGCAGGUUACAAUGCCAGUAGAGACGUGGUGACGUUGGUUAAAUCAGUCCUUUUCCACAGGCGGAACCCACUACAUUUCCAUUUCAUCACAGACUCCAUUGCUCAGCAGAUCCUGUCCUCUCUGUUCCAUACCUGGAUGGUUCCUGCCGUCAGGGUCGACUUCUAUGAUGCAGAUGAGCUGAAGUCGGAGGUGUCCUGGAUCCCCAACAAACAUUACUCUGGGAUCUAUGGCCUGAUGAAGCUGGUGCUCACUAAGACGCUGCCAUCCGACCUGCAGAGAGUCAUUGUCCUGGACACGGACAUCACAUUCGCCACCGACAUUGCCGAACUCUGGGCUGUCUUCCACAAGUUCAAAGGUCAGCAGGUUCUGGGUCUUGUGGAGAACCAGAGCGACUGGUACCUGGGGAACUUGUGGAAGAACCAUCGACCUUGGCCGGCUCUGGGCAGGGGCUUCAACACUGGGGUGAUUUUGCUUCUCCUGGAUCGUCUACGGAAGCUGAGAUGGGAGCAGAUGUGGAGGCUGACUGCAGAGAGGGAACUAAUGAGCAUGCUGUCCACCUCCUUGGCAGACCAGGACAUCUUCAACGCUGUGAUCAAACAGAACCCGUUCCUGGUUCACCAGCUGCCCUGCUUCUGGAACGUCCAGCUGUCCGACCACACCCGCUCUGAGAAGUGCUACAAAGACGUGUCAGACCUCAAGGUGAUUCACUGGAAUUCUCCAAAGAAGCUACGAGUGAAGAAUAAGCACGUGGAGUUUUUCCGGAAUCUCUAUCUAACCUUUCUGGAGUACGAUGGCAACCUGCUGCGAAGAGAGCUGUUCGGCUGUCCCAGCGAGGCAGACCACAACAGUGAGAACCUCCAGAAGACUCUGUCAGAACUAGACGAAGAUGAUCCUUGCUACGAGUUUCGUCGAGAGCGUUUCACCGUCCACCGAACUCACCUCUACUUCCUUCACUAUGAGUAUGAACCCAGCUCUGACAGCACUGACGUCACCCUAGUCGCCCAGCUCUCAAUGGACAGGCUCCAAAUGUUGGAGGCCAUCUGUAAGCACUGGGAAGGCCCCAUCAGCCUGGCCCUGUACCUGUCUGACGCUGAGGCCCAGCAGUUCCUGCGCUACGCUCAGGGCUCUGAGGUGCUGAUGAGCCGCGGAAACGUCGGCUACCACAUCGUCUACAAAGAGGGACAGUUCUACCCGGUCAACCUACUGCGAAAUGUGGCCAUGCGGCAGGUCAACACUCCCUACAUGUUCCUAUCAGACAUCGACUUCCUGCCCAUGUACGGCCUAUAUGAGUACCUCAGGAAGUCAGUGGUGCAGCUGGAGAUGGCCAACACCAAGAAAGCUUUGGUGGUUCCAGCUUUUGAGACACUGCGAUAUCGUCUGUCUUACCCAAAGUCCAAGGCUGAGCUGCUCUCUCAGCUGGACAUGGGCACACUCUUCACCUUCAGGUACCACGUGUGGACUAAAGGCCACGCUCCAACUAACUUUGCCAAAUGGCGGACAGCCACCACGCCCUACAGGGUGCAGUGGGAGGCCGACUUUGAGCCCUACGUCAUGGUGAGGAGGGACAGUCCUGAGUAUGACCGCCGCUUCGUAGGCUUCGGCUGGAACAAGGUGGCUCACAUCAUGGAGCUGGAUGCACAGGAGUACGAGUUUGUGGUUCUGCCCAACGCCUACAUGAUCCACAUGCCUCACGCGCCCAGCUUCGACAUCACCAAGUUUCGCUCCAACAAGCAGUACCGGGUCUGCCUCAAAACCCUGAAGGAGGAGUUCCAGCAGAACAUGUCACGACGCUACGGCUUCGCCGCCCUAAAAUACAUGACAGCUGAGAACAACAGCUAGCCACCACUGCAGACCCUCACGCCCCCGUCCCUGAACUACUGACACACUUCAUGGGCUGUGGAGGGAGGGGGGGCACAGGUAAUGAGACAGCCCACCUGAGGCCAUUGGGACACUUUGAGACUUGAGUCCCUCAGACUUUGUUAGAACGUUUGACCCUCAGUGUUGGGACUGCAAGGGUCUUUAUGUCCAUUCUUUGUCCUCUGAUGUGGAUAGAAGAGAUCAUCCACGAGGAGAUGUAAAAGCUGUGACAGACGACAUGAGUGACUGCCAGGCCCAGGUCCUGGCUGUGUGGGGGCCUGAGAUUUGGCCCUGAAAUCUUACAGACAGCAAGCAAAGAAAAGCAGACUUUUAAUGCCUUGCCAUAUUUGUAAGACCAGUGGCAGAGUGGUGGGCUUGCGUGUAACAUUAUGUAUGUAUGCGUGUGUGUGUGUGUGUGUGUGUGUGUGUGUUCAUGCAGGUAGAUGAAAACGGUGACUGUGUAUGUGUUCCUCCAGGACAGUGCUUAGCAAAAAGCUUAAGGAGAGCUGAAGAUGUGAGACAUUGUGGGCUUACAUCCUGUUUGCACGCCUUCCAAGUGCCAACAAAGAGCAGCGGCAGUUUGACUGACAGCGCAACCCCGACUCAAAUGCAAAUCGUCACCAGGCGGCGAGAUAAGACAAAGCGGUAAACAUGUCUGCGCAGAUUUUGAAAAUCUCAUUGUGACAAGUGACACGCACUCAGAUACUGAGGCGUGCAGCCAGCCAGCCGACCAGCUGCUGCUGCUUAAUUUGUUUGAUAGCCGAUACAGAUCAGAAUAAAUCCUCCUCCUCGUAUGACAAGGGAAGUUAAGUGCAAGGAUGGCUGGAGGUCGUCCGUGCGGUUGAUAUUCAGGGUAUCUCCACAUCAGCCUGAGCGUGCUGCUACAGAUUGUUUCCAGUGUUUUGUUACGACUGAAUCUGACAGCAGCUGGUGCGGUGUGCUUUAUUUUUGUGUGUUGUAAAUUGAUGCCAGUGCGGUCUGCCCAAACACCUGCUGAAGUCCCGUCGGUUUGUGAAGCCGCCGCCCCACCGCGCCGUGCAGCACACUGAGGCAAAGCACCAAUCACUGAGCUCCCUGUUGACUUUCCCUUCCAACAAUCAGUAUUAUUUAUCAGUGUGUUUACAGUCCUGAUGGGCGGAGCAGGGAGGGCCUCCUCCACACAGCGUCAGGAGGAUCUGAGGACAGGAAGGAGAGUUUAAAUUCUGAAAAUCAACAACAGUCAGGAGAGAGCAGCAGACAAUGUUUUCUCUCUUUCUCUCACUCUUUUUCACCCUGGCUUCUAGUUUGACAACAUUAUAGUGAUAUGAUUUAUAGUGAUGAUGAUUUAGGUAAAGUGUGGUCAUCUCACUGGGAGUCCAGACAGGAGUAUCAUAGAAAUAUUAUACUGGGCUUGUAAUGAUGAAGUAAAAAUCCUGAUAUGAUUACAGCUGUUUCAUAAUUGACAAAUACAACAUUAGGGUAGUAGUGUAUUUACAGUAGCCUUUUAAUUAGUAGAGCUGUACCAAAAUGUUUUACAUUCUGAGCUUCUAUUGAGGAACAAAGCUUUCCAUAUCUGACAUCAUACUUUAUAACCAUCAUCCUAAAAAAAAAAAAAAUUUUAAUAAAAAGAAACCUCCAACAAAAUCUUCACUUUAAAUUAAGUAAUUGAUCAGAUCAAAUGAGUUAGUUGUUGGCUGGAAUGCUAUCUAGCUUUCAACUAUCCGGUACAGCCCUGUUAAUUAGCUAACAGCUAUCACUGAACAAACCCAGUGAAUUGCAUUUACAGACUACAAACAAGACAAAAGUUCUAUCAACUUUACAGGCUCAUUCAUGCCGUCUCGCCAGCAUAGAUCAUUCAGUAUUUAAACUGAUCAGGGAUCAGGUAACCACUGCAGCAGCUCACUCGUCAUGAUGAUUUGUGUUGAAAUUGUGUGGUACAGGUGAGAACUCAGAAAAAAACGUGGACCUUGAGUUGGGAUCAAGGUCAAGAAUGAGUCAACAUGAGAAGUAAAAGUGUGCAGGUCAAUAAAUUCAUCUCCAUGACAACUGAGCAAACUCCAUCUGCGAGAAGCCAACAGGAAAUAGUAAAUGUACCUUGAGUUGGAAUUGUUUUGUCAAAUUAAUUUCACUUUUAGGACUUAAAUACACCAGUGGAGAACUCAUUUGAAAGUCUCCUCAGGUUUCUGUCCAGGACCUCAGUGGAGGCUGAUCCACACAGUAAAGUCCUGAUAGACUGUGAUGAGGUUCAUGAUGUCAGGCUGGUUGUUCGGCCAGUACACACCGUUGUGAAACUAGAAGCCGCUCUCUCUUUCUGUGUCUCUCUCUCUGUACAGGAAAGUUGAAGAAGGGCUCAGUGCGGUCAUUCAGGUGUGUGUGUAUGUGUGUGCCCAUUGUGUGUCUGAUUGUACAUGUAUGUUCAGUAUGCAGGUGUGUGUGUGUGUGUGUGUGUGUGUGUGUGUGUGUGUGUGUGUGUGUGUGUGUGUGUGUGUGUGUGUGUGUGUGUGUGUGUGUGUGUGUGUGUGUGUGUGUGUGUGUGUGUGUGUGUGUGUGUGUGUGUGUUUGACUCUGCUCUGAGUGUGUGUGUGUGUCUUUGCAGGGCUGAGAGGAGCCACAGUGUUUAAGUAGGACAGUGCUGACUGAUGCUGCUACCUGAAUAAAAACGAAGUCAAACACUG